GACAGCUGGAUCCGGCAACUUCCGGCGAGAAACAUCGGCCGAGAGAGACCGGAGAGAGAGACUGACAGUUAUGGGAAAAAUGAACUUAAUAAUUUGAUCAUUGCGAGGCCUGCAGUCCGUCAUCUGGGUAACUUCCUUUGGCAGGCUCCAGCAUUCGUAAAAGUGAUGUCAGGAAUGGCCGCUUCUACAGAAUUAAGUAAGAUACCCGCACAGAAAAUUACGGUAGCCAAGCAAAGCAGCCUGGGUCUGAGCCUCGCUGGGGAGAUUAGCAGAACAGAAGGACCAUUGAUCUACGUUAAGGACAUUAUUCCUGGUGGAGACUGUCACACGGAUGGACGUCUGAGACCAGGAGAUCAGCUUGUCUCUGUUAACAAGGAAUCAUUGUGUGGCGUGUCCUGUGAGGAGGCUAAAAGCAUACUAAAUCGAGUAAAGUUAAGAGGUGGUUCUGUUUGGGAGAUUACAUUUAUUCGGCCUAAUGAGAACUGUCCUGAGCAGACAUCACGAUCAGAACACACUGCACAGACACAAGGAACUUCCUCCCCUUAUGGCCAUGCUAAACCUGCUCCGAUGAAGGAGAACAGAAACCUUCACAGCUCACAGCCCAGAGUGAGUUCAGAUACACCUUUAUCUGGUCGUAGUCAGGGACAUGGUCCGGACAGAGUGGUUUCCUUGAAUCCUGAUGCCAGAUUCAAAGCAGACAAGCUAGAAUUGGCUUUGAAUUACCUUGGCUUGAACCCUACAGAAGAGCAGAAACUGUCAAUAAGGCAGAGGGUACAUUUGGAUGCCAAUGGGACUGUGGCUUUUGGAGACUUUGUUCAGGUGGUGAAAAGUCUGUUUAGCUUGCAGUUAGAAGAAGGCGAUAUUGGACGUGGCCCUGUCAGGCCCAGAGAGAAAGAAAUGAGCAAUUUACUAAACUCUGUCACAAGUCAGGUCCAGUCAUGCGAUCUUUCUGAUUCCGAGAUUAAAGAGAUUAACAAACUCAAGGAUCGUCUCUUAGAAUCUGAGAAACAGAAAAACCAGCUGGCAGAAGAGUUAAAAAUUGUAAAACAAGAAGCCAAAGCAGCUGUAGAAGAGGCUAGGGUCCUGCGGAGCCGCAUCCACCUGGCGGAAGUUGCUCAGAGGCAGGCACGUGGAGUGGAGAUGGACUACGAAGAGGUCAUCCGCCUCCUAGAAGUCGAAAUCGCUGAGCUAAGAGAUCAACUGGUCGACCACUCCGGCCAUAACAAGGACAACACGCAGGAUUUACAAAGGAGAAUUACUGUCCUCGGCUGCCAACUGCGUAAAUCUGAGAUGGCAAGGAAGACCUUCGAAGUAUCCACGGAGAAGCUGUUACAAUUUGUCGAAAGUAUUCCUGAUGUCGUGGUUGAUGAGAAAGGCUCCACGUUAAAUCUCUGCGAACGGAUUCCGGCGAUUUCAUCUCCAUUGUCAAGACUUGCCACAAAUAGGCGUGGGGUGCUCACGUCCUUGGUGUUGGAAGCUAAAGAACUUGCGAGAACCGUCCGUUCUAUUGUUGAAGUUGACUGCCUUCCAUACGGCUGGGAGGAAGCUUACACGGCAGAUGGAAUCAAGUACUUUAUCAAUCAUGUGACACAAACCACGUCAUGGACUCAUCCAGUGACCAGCGCUCUGAGCCUGACCGCUCCGGAGAACAUCCGCGAGGACCUCAACCCAGAGCCUCUGGACUUGAAAAGUUGCUGGAAGCAAUCCUGACUGCGUUCCCAAAGACCCACUCCACCAAGUGUGAAUUCCUAUUCCUCAGGGAUAAUUCCAUCCGACGAGAUCAGAUUGUAAAGAUUAUCCAAUUUGUAAGAUCCCUAGAGUCAUUCCCUCGACACUAAUUCAGGGCAUCAAACCACACUAUACUCCUGUAACCUACCAGCAUUCCUCAGAGAGCAUUGUGAAGGUGAUCAUUUUCUUUAAAUCUUUCCCCUCCUGUUCACAUCAAUUAAAGGAAAUCCCCCAUUGUUUUUACUUUAUGACUGAAAAUAGGAGUAUAUGUCGUAUAGACUACGUGUAUUUUAUUUUGUAAUAAGUAUGUUUAACCCCGUAAGGACCAAACUUCUGGAAUAAAAGGGAAUCAUGACAUGUUACACAUGUCAUGUGUCCUUAAGGGGUUAAGCUAAUAGCUCUUUUCAAUGAGUCUCCUGGCUUCCCUUUGCUCUAUGGUUGCAUCCAUCUUCAAAGGGUUACUCUAACACCAUAAGGACUACAGCAUUCAGGAGUCGCCUGGUGCCAGGCCACUUUGGAUGCCCCAGGCUCCCUUCACAAGUAUCCUGAAAGUGGAAGUUCCCUUCCUGUUUCAAAAUAUAUAUUUUUUCCCCAAGUUUGGCUAAAAUUCAUUGGCUCAGCAGAGUUAGCUGGUAAUCUCUGCCAAUGAAAACUGUCCAAAGACAUACAGAAUUGAUUAAGCAAAAGAGGAGCUUCAACAUCAGAGAUACCUAUGAAGAAGGAACCCAGGGAACCAGGUAAGUCUCAAAAUGUACAAAAACAGUAGUUUCACUCUUAACAUGGAAAUUUUGGCACCUUAACCACUAUUUAACGCAUUAGAAAAGUGCAGAAAGUGCUUCUUUAAAAAUAGCUGCCCCAUAGAGCGAGGGUAAGACGAGAUUCAGGAAAAAGAGGCUUUUGCUAAAAACUUUCGCACAGGCUAUAAUACGUAUUAAUCUUUUAAACAAUAACAAACCAUUAAGGCAAAUUCCCUUUAACUCUUUGCAGCAAAAAUUAAACCUGCAUUUUGUCGUAAAACGAGGUUCGAAGCAAAAAUACCAGAGUCACAAGCAUCAAGUAUUGUGAAACAUGUAUUUCUUUAUUCAUAAGACUAAAGUGAUGCAUCAGUGCGCAAGAACAGCAAAGGAUUCUGGGAAUUGACAUUCCAUUGAUUGCCAAAUGGCCAGACUGCCAUUCAUUGCCUGUUACAUGCCCCCUAGCCUUUCUUCCUACGUGUAUAGUUUUAUUUUAGCCAAAAUCAGACAUCAGGGGGGGGGGGGGGGUGGAGUUACAGAAUGAGGCUUGACAUUCCUAGAUAUUAUUGGCAUGUCAUAUUUUCUGUUCCCACCAAUCUCCCAAUCCAGAAGAGUCAAUAUUAAUAGAGCAUAGUUCACGCAUUAUUCAAACAUAAUUUUCCAAAAUAUUGACAAAAAAUAUAAACUCUCCCACCUGGAGCCGUAGAAUGAGCAUGCAAGAGGCUGGAUUCUUCGUUGGACAUGAUAUAGCUCUCAUGGAGUGUGUGUCUGUAUGUACGUAUAAACAUUUACCUGCCAUCCAGAGAUAGAAGUGUUUGGUUAAUAUGUUUUGUAGUCGAUAAAACAUGUUUACUCACAUGCAGCGCUGGUUUAACUAAGCUCACCUGGAGCUGUUUGUAAAUGUUCCUAUUUAGAACGUGCCCUUGAGGUGUCAGUGCAAGAGGCUUUUCCCUCUCCUGUUCUCAAUGUAUCCCUAAACUUCUGGGCUGGCCGAUAAACCGGCAGUGCUCUCCAAGCUUGUGAAAAGAAAGGUAAAAAGAGAUGGUAAUAAAAAGAAGUCUAAAUAAAACAUUCAGAGUUAGGAAAGUACACAGCGGUCUCUCCACCAACCCAUGUCACGGCCAGCUUUGUCUCGAGUGCAUUCUGUUCAGGACGGCUUACAUUUUAGCGAUGCCUUCAUUGAAUCUGAAUUCAUAUGUAUGGAACCAAAGAAAAGAAGACUUAGAACUUGAAUGAUGAAGAUCACACUCCAAUCAAGAGAUAGUUAAUUCCAUUAGCAGGCUAGCCUUUAGUAGAACUUUUACAAUUCAUCUAUUUAACACCUUCACUGCCAGCUGUUCCAUUUAACCUAUGUAGUGCCAGGGAAAUGUGCUGUUCGGGUUAAUUAAACUCUAGUUGCAAAAUGUGCUCAAGAAGUAAAACCUUAACUAAUUUAGCGCCUAAGGGUUGAGCCGCAAUCUUCCCUGGCACUGAGAGGGUUAUUGGUUGCUUUUUGAAUCCCCAGACAUGCAGCCAUGCAUCAAAUGGCAAAUACACUGCCAGCGAAUGCCGCUUUUUUUGCAUUAUCGUUUAAGAUGCUGCAUUUUAUUUGUAUAAUGUUUAUUAAUUUGAUAUAUUUUAUAUGUAGAAAAAAAAGACAGUAUUUUUACGCUAUUUAGGUAUAAAAUAAACAUUACUGCUAA